AUGGGAAUAAACACAGUGCCUUCUGGGAGUGUUAUACAUCGCUAUAUAACUCGGGUCAACGUCAACAAGAGGCUGUGUAACACCAACGGCUGCGGGAAAGAGACACAGAACAAACUGUUGGUACAGAUCAGUGAAGCCGAGCAAGUGUCUGACUUUGAAAGGAUUCUUAAUUCUAAUGCAAUAUUGUGUGAGCGAGUGCGCGGGCACGUGUGGCAUGGAAGUGUUGCCGAACAAAAACGAUCAGCAUCUGUGUUGCCGAGGCCUCGUUCUGCCUACUCCCUCUACGCCGUAAGUCAAGCCUACCAUUACCUGUUCCGUCAGCACGAAGAGUCUCUUGAACCGCUGAUUGAACAAUAUCGCAAGGCCAACGCCGAGGAAAAACAAACCCAACCUAGUAUAUUGGAAAAUAAUUGGUACGAGAACCUUCGAAACUUAUCCGAAUUUUAUGAAGACGACCAAGUAUUAAAAAAAGAACUUAAUGACAUAACAGACCGUGUAGUCUCUGAACAAAUUAAAUCUCAAGAGGAAUCACAACGGACUAAUAGAAAUAACAAGAACUUUAACGUGAAUUUAGCUGGUCUGAUUGGUUUACAUCUCACCGGGGAGUGCAUAUCUGCGAACCGUGAGCCAUCACCUGACCUAGACAAGGCCAACAUAGAACAAGAGGAGGAAUGGCUGAAAUCGAUUAUGAGCGUAAACUCCGAUGACCGCCACCCUCAGAGCGAUAACAAAGUGGAUUGUUUAGCACAAAAUUUGGAGUCUGUUAAAAUUGAUAGUGAGGCUAAAGUUCCCACAAUAACGUUUAGCAAUUGUUGCGACGGGUACGCGAGAAGUGACCUACCGAACAAUAACGACGAACAUCUGGCUGUGCCCACCAUUGAAAGCAUUGAUGAGGCACGCCCGCCGAUUAUGUGA